GAAGGAGUGGACUGAGUGGCAGUUGUUCCUUUCCUAUUUUCCAACCACAUUGAUGGAUUCUGGAGCUUCAAAGUGGCAUUCACAGAAGAAGAAUCUUGAUAUGUAUUGUCCAUUCAUUCUUCUUGUUUCCUGCCUACUCUUUCAAGUCUUUCACGAUGGAGAUCAGAGAUCCUAAGAGACAGAGACAUCCAUCAAGUUCAUCUCUGGAAAUGUUUUUCAGGAAGAUCUCUCAGGAUGAUCCAAAUCAAGACACGACCAGAGGGAAGAAUAGUAGGAAGUUGAGCCUUCUUGAUGGUGGAGCUGAAUCAAGGGUUGAAACUCCAAUUCAAGAGGGCCUUGUCUCUUUCGAGGAUGUGGCUGUGUAUUUCUCCAAGGAGGAAUGGUCUGAACUGGAUCCUGACCAAAAAGCUCUGCAUUGGGAAGUCAUGCUGGAAAAUUACAGGAACGUGUCUUUUCUUAGUGAUAAUGAGCAGGACUAUGAAGAGCCAAGGGAAUCAUUCCAAGGAUUCAGACAUGGAGACGUAAAGGAGAAGCCUGCAAUUCAAACGGAAUUCCAAAGGCAGGAGAGAAACCCCUCAAAUAAUUGGAAUAAGGAAAGCUCAUCUUCCAUUGAGGCUCACAUGCAGGAGUUUCUUCAGCAACUGGAAGAAAUAGAGAAAAAAUAUAUUGGGAAAGGUGUAAAACUAUCCAAAGACACAUUAGAUGUAAAUGAAACCAAAGGACAAGAUAAUAUAUGCAAAGACAAUGGAAAAAAUUACAAUUGGACCGUGCUUAGAGCUGGUAGGAAACAAUUUGGAAACCCACCACUGAUCCACACAGGAGAGAAGCCCCAUAUAUGCACAGAAUGUGGAAAGGGCUUCAGACUACUCAGUAAUCUUAUUUCUCAUAAAAGAAUCCACACAGGGGAGAAGCCAUUUAAAUGCAUGGAAUGUGGAAAGACUUUUACUUAUAGGAAACAACUUAGUUCCCAUCAAUUAAUCCACACAGGGGAGAAACCAUAUAGAUGCAUGGAGUGUGGAAAGGGCUUUGGCCAACACAGUAAACUUACUACUCAUCAAAGGAUCCACACAGGGGAGAAACCAUUCAAAUGCAUGGCAUGCGGAAAGAGCUUUCGCCACUACAGUGGUCUUACUUGCCAUAAAAGGAUCCACACAGGAGAGAAACCAUUUAAAUGCAUGGAAUGUGGAAAGAGCUUCAGUGUAAACUGCAAUCUUACUUCCCAUAAGUGGAUCCACACAGGAGAGAAACCAUUUAAAUGCACGGAGUGUGGAAAGACUUUUAGUCAGAGCAGUGCCCUUACUCUCCAUAAGAGGAUCCACACAGGGGAGAAACCAUUUAAAUGCACAGAUUGUGGAAAAACUUUUAGUCAGAGCCAUCACCUUACUCGCCAUCAAAGGAUCCACACAAGGGAGAAGCCAUUUAAAUGCAUGGAGUGUGGAGAGAGCUUUAGUAGGAGCAAUUACCUAAUUUCCCAUACAGAGAUACACUUGAGUGAGAAUAUAUGUUAAUUCUAGAAAGGUAAUUAAAUUUAUGGUUUUUUUUCUAUUUACAGAGACUGAGCUUAGACAUUUUUUUUAGUUUGAUCUUCCCGACUGGAGCCUGAGGGAGAUGAGUUUAUUGAUGAAAAUGUAAAGAAUGGGAACAUGCCAUUUUAAUUAUGAACUGCGGAUUUUUGAAUGUAUCUACAUUUAGCUACAAAAAGUGAAGCCUCCUAUUCCGUAGUUGUUUGUUCUUCCCACUUAAUCACACUAAAAGAGUUUAAAUUUUUCUCCUUUUUCUUAAUCUUAGAAUUAUUUCACCUUUUCUUAUUCCUCAUUGCAUACUUAGUUUCUUAGAGUUACUGUUCUCUGUCCUCAGAAAAGUUGGAAGUAAUGGAGGAGAGAGAUUCUAGGCUGUGAAAAAAAAGUUAUAAUUCAAAGAGAAUUCAGGUUCUUUCAAAGUUUAGAGUGAGAUGAAAUGUGAUAUUAUAAAGUCCUGUUGUGAUAUUGCCUUAAAAGUGACACGUAAGAGGUUUCCUACUUUCAAUUUUUCCCUCUCUUUUAGUCCCAAGUUAGGGCUACUCACUAAAAUAACAAAAUGAUGCCACUGUGCUGACAUUGCAAAUGAUCAAGCAAGAAAGGUGAUAAUUGCAAAUUAGUGGGACCAAAAUAAAUAAUGUGAAUUAAGAAAAACUCUUUCAGAAAAACGACUUCUGAUCCUCCUGACCAAAAUGAGAUGGGGAGCCACCUGUGUGAUGUGAAGAAUUCCAAAGAAGACUCAAAGUUGCAUCCACAGUGUAGAACUAUGACCUGAGCCAGGUACUAUGUAUGGAGAAGCCUCAUGAUCUGAGGGAAUUGUCACAUGCACAUCAAUGUACAGUGCAUGAGAAGAACUGAAGGGAUGGAGGAUUCCUCUCACAAAAGGAACUACAAUGAUUGGAAGCCACCCCAAAUGCAUGUGCAAAAUCUUUUUUCAAGCAUUGCAGCCAUAUUUUACUCUUCUAAAGUG